CGCAUUCGAACGCAAGGAGCUAAGGAAGGAGGAGCAACGCCACGCCGCGACGAGCCCAGCCCUAUCUCUCUCCGACUUGACUUUCUCCCUUAGCGUUGACGCGGUUUUCUUCGGUCGUCGUAUUCUUCCUAUUCCGCUCUCGAUUCGUCCGUCAACAUUCAUACGCCCGGUUGCUUCCUCGAAACUUUCAAUUUUUCUCUUAAACAAUUACGGAGCAUUAAAAAAAAUGAGCAUUUUUGUAGUUUCUCGUUGCUCGUGUUUUUCCGGAUUGGUUUCCGGAGCCAGAACAUAGGAUUCAGAUUUCAGUUUUUUAUACCUUUUUGUUUUUUAAUCACAUAAGAAGAAGAAGAAGAAGAUAAAGGAAAAUGAAGCAUAGGAGCUUCCAUUUCCUUGUAAUCCUUCUGAUUACUCUGGUUGUUCGAGAAUCGUUCGCGAUUCCAAAUUUUUUCCGGAUUUUAGCUCAGGCUGAUCGUCCUCAUACGGAUCAGAUAUCUCCGUCUCCGAGCCCCGCUGCAUCAUUUAAUCCGAAUAAUAGCGGCAAGCAAGGUUCAGGGAAUAAGCUGUCUAAUGGUGACGCAGUUGCGGAAAAUGCAUGCGAUAAUGUGUCUAGGAAGUGCACUGUUCCUCAAAUCAAUGUCACCGCCUGCUUUCCGCAUGCUGAAAAAGGCCCCGAGUCUCAUCUGAUUGUCAUAUACAAUGACACGAACCCCCAGCGGUUGAACAUUACCUUUUUACCAAAGAAUAAAACACUUGAGAUUGUAGAACUGAAGCUCAAACUGAAUGAGAUGAAUAUCUCAUCUGACAUCGGAGGCAGUUCAUCAAUUGUGAUAAGUGCUGGAAAUUUGAACUGUACAAUUUCCCUGGGGGCUUCUUCUCCGACAACCAAUUAUAAUUUUCCUUCUUACACACCACACGUGACACCCAUCUACGGGGCAUUCUUUCUAGCCAUGGUGGGUCUAAUAGUUGGCGGAACAUUGCUUUGCUGCAAGUUCUGGAAAAGGGAAAGGCAUCUUGGUGAAGUUCCAUACCAAGAGCUCCAAUUGGGAGAGCAAGGGUCUCUUUCAUCUACAAAAGUGGAAUCAGCGGCAGGCUGGGAUGAGGAUUGGGACGAUGACUGGGAUGAAGAGAAGGCAGUUAAAUCGCCCGGUCCAAAACGCCUGGCAAAUGGCAAUACCACUGCCUCUCCAGACACGAAUCACUGGGGUAACGAUUGGGAUGAUUAGUUAUAGAUAGAUUUUUGCCAGCUUCUUGUAGAUGUAAAAGAAAAACUAUGCUGCAUUGCCACCCACUCUGGUAAGAGAGGCAAACAAAGAAGAAUUCAACAGGAAAUUUUGAUUUUACAGCGAUAGAAUUUUUGCCUAACUUGUGCUGCUACUAUAUAUGUGUUAGUUGCUUUAGGAAAUCAAUUAGCUUAUAUAAAGUUUUGAGAAAUGUAAAAGAAUUUUAUCCUUUGUUUUCAUUGGUAAACCGAUCACUUUGGGCAGAUAUAUAUAAAGUUGCUAUCAAAUCUUCCGAAGGGGAUUUAUGAGAAAGUCUGCUUUGUGACUCA